AUGCGGCUGAUUCAGGGCCGUGUGCCCCUGGCGGUCGCUGCGCGACCAGCGGUCACCUCUGUGCCACCUGUGUUGUUACGCCGGCAGGCGCGGUGCGUUGCGUCAGAGCCGGCGGGCCUGUGCCGCGCCUUGAGCAGCAGCAGCACUAGCAGCAGCGGCAGCAUGCCGGCGGCACGCUGGCCCCUGCCCCGCUGCAGCCUGCCGCCAGCCGCGGCGGCCUGCAGCAGCGCCGCCGCCGCCCCGCGCCGCAGGCCGCGCGCGGGCGCCGCCCCAGCCCAGGCGGAGGCGGCGGUGGCAGCGGCGGGCGCGUCGCUGGAGGAGUUGCGGGGCGCGCUGCAGCUAUACAAUACGAUGGCGCGCACAAAGCAGGGGCUGCGGCCGCGCGAGGGCAUGGGGGACAAGCUGCAGAUGUACGUGUGCGGCGUGACGGUCUAUGACUACUCACACAUCGGCCACGCGCGUGUGUAUGUGGCGUUUGAUGUGCUGUACCGCAUGCUGAGUCAGCUGCUGCGGUACGACGUGCAGUACGUGAGGAAUUUUACGGACGUCGACGACAAGAUCAUCAACAGGGCUAACGAGGCGGGGGAGGACCCCCUCGCCCUCAGCGCGCGCUUCAUCGACGAAUUCCACACCGACAUGCGCCUGCUGGGCUGCCUGUCGCCCACGGACGAGCCUAAGGCGACAGAGUAUAUCCCUCAGAUGGUGGAGACCAUCCAGCGGAUCAUCGACAAUGGGCACGCGUACGCGGUGGAGGGUGGUGACGUGUUUUUCGACGUCGCCUCGCUACCGGGCUACGGCCGGCUUUCGGGCCGCCAGCAGGAGGACAACCGCGCCGGGGAGCGCGUGGCGGUCGACGGCCGCAAGCGCAGCCCCGCAGACUUUGCUCUGUGGAAGUCCGUCAAGCCGGGCGAGCCGUCCUGGGAGAGCCCCUGGGGCGCGGGGCGCCCCGGGUGGCACAUCGAGUGCAGUGCCAUGAUCCGCAGCGUUCUAGGGCCCGUGAUUGAUGUGCAUGGGGGCGGGCGGGACCUGGUGUUCCCCCACCAUGAAAACGAGCUGGCGCAGUCGCAGGCCGCCGCGGGCUGCUGCGACAAGCCACACCUCCACGAGGGCACCGACUUUGUGCGGCUCUGGAUGCACAACGGCUUCGUCAACGUAGACAGCGAGAAGAUGUCCAAGAGCCUCGGGAACUUCUUCACCAUCAGGGAGGUUUUGAAGUCGUACCACCCCCUGGCGCUGCGCUGGUUCCUGGUGGCGACGCACUACCGGGCGCCGGUCAACUACACGCAGCGCGCGCUGGAGGAGGCGUCUGACCGCGCCUACUACGUUUUCCAGACGCUCGCAGACGCGGCCGCGGCGCUCGAGGCGGCGGGCGACGCGGGCGCCGCGGCGGCCGCGCAAGCAGAGGCGGAUGCGCGUGAGGGGCGCGGCGAGGGCGCGGCGCUCGCGCAGGCCGUCAGGGAGUCUCUGUUGGACGACCUCAACACACCGGCCGUGGUGGGCGCGCUGUCGGCGCCGCUCAAGGCGGUCAACGAUCUGUUGACCACGAAAGCCGGCCGCAAAAACCCCAACAGGUGA